AUUUCUUCAGUGUUGACACAUGAAAAGAUAUAAUCAAAUAUUUACAAAAAUCUGAGGGGUGUACUCACUUUUGUGAGAUACUGUAUAUAGACACACACAUGCACACGCACACACACACACACACACAUUUAAACAUUGCAUGUGUAUGUGUGUGUUUGCAUGUGAAGUGGUUUAGACAGGAUGUUUAAUUAUACGGAUCUGAAACCCAAGAGCAAGCUGCAUUUGUACCAAAAGCUCGAGAUGGAAGCGUACCUGUUCUUUUUUCUGCUGACUUGCACAAAUAUGCAAGUUGCUUCUGCUGAUACAUCUUUGUCGAAUUUAAAAUCGGCUGACACACUGACUGUGCGACAGAAAGAGAACAUCACGCUGCAGUGUGACAUCACUGGCAAUGAGGAUGUGGCCUGGUAUCUUCUGAGUUCAGACAGGUUUACACUUCUGAUCUCAGCACGGAAAACUCGCACGCGUAAAGGCCUCCCCGUUUAUUAUAACAAAGACGAGAGUCGCUUUGCCCUGAAGCCAGACAGCGAGAUUAACACGGCUAUCUUCACCGUCUUCAGUCUAAGGGAGGACGAUGAGGGACUUUAUUUCUGUGGAACUGCAGCCAAGCCAACACAGCUGCAUUUCGGCAGUGGCACCAGACUGCAGUUUGAAGACAAAAGCAAAGACACACAGGAAACUUUCUCUACACAGAAACCACAUGAAGGAGAAGUGGAGAAUACUGGUACUGUGAGUGUGUGUGAGAGAGUGGUAAUGUUUGGUGGUGUGGGCGUGGUCACCUUGCUCUUAAUCCUGACUACUGUAGUUGCAUGCAGCGUGAUCAAACAUGGACAACGUCAGUCAUGAGAUAAAUUAUGCUGAUGCAAGUUAUUGAGCUUUAAAAAAAAGUUUUUACAAAUAAUUUACAAAAGUAUUACAAAAUAAAGUGUUUGCACAAGUUGUAAUUUUUCUUGUAUUUAAUUCUGUACUGCACUUUGAUGUUUUCUCCUUUUUAUUGUUCGGUAAUGUCCCUCUGGAGGUAUCUGUCUCUUCACUACUGUUAGAUUCAACCGCAACUCGAACUCCAUUUCCCAGCAUACACAGCGGCCUACAAACACGGCCGCCCCGACAC